GCCAAAGUAUUUAUUUAAUAAACAAUUACAUUUUUGCGUGUGUGUUAGUGUAAAAUUCGUGUAGCAUACACAUGUUUUGCAUUGGUGUGUGUAUACUCGCAUGAAACAUUCUCGCACGUACGAAAUCAUUCGUGUGCAUGACUCAGAGCAGUAUGGACGCGUUUGAAGAAGCUCCGCAUUUUAUUCGAAAUUUUCGUAUUUUUGGAGGCUAACAAAAGGUGCGGUUUUUGAAUGAACGCCCUGUACAAUGACAGCUCAGUAACAUGCCGAUGUCAGUGCGGCGGAUCUCAACACAAAAGAUGUCUCUUAAACAAACAGCUUCUGAUCGAUUCCCAACAGAUUUUCGCCUUCCAGACAAAUGCCGGCUUUGUCUUAUCGUGCAUUUAAAAGACAGUGCAUCCCUCAACGCUUCUCUCAAAGACUACGAGAAAGAACUUUACGAAAUGUACGGAUACGAGGUUGGCAACGACAAAUUAUGGCAUCCAGAGUCAAAAAUUUGCCGAAAAUGCACUUCUCAACUUGAAGCUUGUUACAAAUUUUUUUGUCAACUUGCCGAAACAGUCACAAUUCUGUCGCGGCAGGAACCUCCUGCGAAACGAAAAAGAAAAAUUUCGCAUAGAAAUAACAAUUUUCUUGAAAAGACUGAGCAAAAAUCCGACGAUAUUGAAAUUUUGGAAUACAUCGAAGAUCACACAGAAGACCCGGAAAAAGUUGUCAUUUCGGAUGAUGAAGAGGAAAACAUUGCCUUGCCUGACAAGGAAGACGAAGAUCUCGACUUUGAUUUCACCGACGACGAAAAAGAGGAACAAGCCACAGUUGAACAUGAAAAAUUCGUGAACCAAAUUUUGGAUUCCGAAGCGGGAGUUGAGGGAGAAAUCGAUUGUUGCUUGAUCGACAAGAGAAAACUCGCGACGCAAGAAGGAGCUGUGUCGGAAGAAGUCACUGUGGUACUGAAAGAUUUGCCUGAGGAGACGUCAAAUGCGAAAAUUGAGCCAAAAAUGCCCGCGAAAAGGAAGAAUUCGGGAAGUAAUUUGAUGCAUGAUACGGAAUACAGUGUUUGUCAGCGCUGCAAAGUAAUUUAUCAUCGAGCAAUCGGAUCUAAUUCGACAAAAUGCUUGACUUGUCAGGAAAAGAUGAGUGAUCUUGACAAAUCCAUAAAAUUUGUUAAACAGUGAAAUUUAUUCGUUUUUUCGUCGGCAAUAACUGCCUGGAAUUACUAACUGUGAAGUAAAAAUAAAAUUAAUAUAAAACAUUUUUCUAUUAAAAAAAAAAUAAAA